ACUCAAAAAAGAAGAAGCAAUGUUUGCUUGGAAUUUUCACCGGGGAUCGUGCGAAGAAAUUGUUUAUACCACAAAAGAGGCGUAGCUUUCACAUUGAUACGAUAAAUUGUACUUUUAUAAAACCGUGCGAGCUAAACUUGUCGAUAUGCGUCUGCGGCGCAAAUUCUUUCCUCGCUCCUUGCGUGAUAUCGGCUGUUUCUUGAUGAUGUUCAUCUUCAUACCAAUUACAUUUGUGUUUGAGAUAACCGUGGUGCUACCCGAUUUCCAUGAUCAAAGCAGCGCGAUUUACAUACUUACAUGUUUAUUGGGCCUGUUUUUGCUAUUCAAUUUGCAGGCGAAUAUGCUGGCGUGCAUGUUGGUAGACACAAGCGCUCGCACAGUGCUACUGACACCACCGUCAAAUGAACGCCAACGCCAGUAUUGGCGUUACUGUUCCGUCUGCGAGAUGUUGGCUCCCCCACGUUCUUGGCAUUGCAGCAUUUGUGAUACCUGCAUUCUCAAACGAGAUCACCACUGCAGCUUCACAGGAUCGUGUAUUGGGCACAAAAAUCAUCGUUAUUUUGUGUUCUUCUUGCUGUACUUGGUAAUUGGCGCUACUUAUGCUACUAUUUACAAUAGCAUCUACUUUUGGUGGUUGCAUGCAGCCACCUAUGUUAAUUGGCUAACCUUGGUAAAAAUCGUGUUUCCCAUGUUCAUGCUUUGUUUUGAUGUAUCGUGGCAAAAUUUUUACUUGCUUAUCUACAUGCUAAAUGUCAUUGCGAGUGCUUAUUCCAUGGUGCUCAUCGCCUAUCAUACGCCUUAUAUAAUGCGCGGGGCUAAGGAUUGCGAAAAGCAUGCACAACGUUACGAUCAGGGCGUACGACGAAAUUUGGUGACGGUGUUAGGCAAACGUAUGAAAUUGGCAUGGCUGUCGCCGUUUGUUGAGAGUGAGUUACCGCAUGACGGCGUGCAUUGGGAAAAUGUAAUGGACGAUACGGAAAAGCACCGUUAAUUUUGAUGUGCUUUGGCACUUGUAUUUGAAUAUAAGUUAUGCAUCUCUAGUCUAGUUUCGUAUUUUUACACGCAUUUAUUUUAUGUUACAUGCAUUUUUACUUGUCAUGCGAUCGAAUCGAAUUUAUUUAAGCCAUUAUUAAACUUAUUAUGAAAAUUA